AUGCUAACAUUACUGGCUCCCGUCAUAGAUGUCCUGCAAAUGGUUCAACGAGAAUGGGACUUUGUGGCCUCCGAAAACUGUGUUCCUGUACAAGUCGCUUUGCAGUUGAUGGAUACCAGUACCUUGGGGAAAGCCGAUCGCGAGCCGGAUUUCAUAAGAAUCAAUGAUAAAAUACAAAGGACAUUGAAGUCCGUUGUCAAUGAACAUCACCAGGGUUUCAAUAGUUCCAUUGGUACUUACCAUAAGAUCCAGUCAAGCAUACAGAGCUCACAAAGCCGAGUCCGCACAUUGAAGAUCUCGCUGGAAGAGGCGAAAUCCGGGUUGUUGUCGACUAAGCCCGAGUUGAAGGGAUUGGCUACGUCGUCACAGAAAUAUGACGACAUUAUCCAAUUAUUCAGCCAGAUACAAGAAAUUCAAUCUUUGCCCGAGAGACUAGAGUCACGAAUUUCGGACAAACGAUUCCUUGCGGCUGUGGAGGUAUUGCAUAACGCUUUGCGGCUUUUGCGGCGCUCUGAACUCGAGAAUAUUGGAGCUCUCGCAGAUAUUCGCGCCUAUUUUGGAAACCAAGAAGCAUCUCUUACGGACAUUCUGAUAGAGGAGCUACACGACCACCUCUACCUCAAAUCCCCCUACUGUUCAAGCCGCUGGAAACCACCAGCUGCUGAUGGUGAAGGAAAUGGGGCCCACCCUUCCAGCUGGACUGGAACAAGCUCAUGGGAGAGACCCGUUUAUGCAUUUCUUGGGAAGUUGGACGCAUCCACGCCUAUGGUCGAAGAUGCUUCGCGAAACCUGGAGGCCGACACAUUUUACUACAUACAACUGCUGAUAGAAGCGCUAAACAAGAUGGGACAUUUGGACAUCGCAGUUGAUAGGAUAGAACAACGCCUGCCUGUUGAACUGUUUGCCGUUGUUGAUAAAACUAACGCCGAGAUUGAUGCAAGGUAUCCAAACAACACCCGCGGCUUUGCCUCACAAGAUAGCAAGUCAAAUCUGCCGACAGAUAUAAUCGAAAAACGCGGUCAUGUGCUAUCCGAGUUUCUGUGGACCUUGUAUGCUAAAUUCGAGGCUAUUGCUGAAGGUCAUCGUGUUGUCCAUGAUGUUAUUGCAGCUAUCGUGGAACGCGAAGGGAUACCAAAGGGCAGUGCGCUCGCAGGUGGGUUCAAGGAACUUUGGAAGCUUUACCAAAGCGAGAUCCGGUCCCUCAUGCAUGACUACCUGGCGACGGAUGGAGAGUCAUCAUUCCGGCCUCGGCUCGAAGAGACCGAAACGAAACGACAACUUUACACAGGGCAGAGAGACAAGAACAAGAAAAUGUUUAAAUUGUCCGAAACGGAUCAUACUUCCGAAAUCCAAGCCGAACAAAAUGAGUUGGACGAGAUUCUCAGGUCUUCUGUUCCUGGCUUGGUCACCAAAUCAAGCCAGAAAACCGCUAUCAUUGAUGCAUCCGACGCCAGACAAGGAAACUCGGGAACUGGACAUAAGAUCCUCAUAGAGCCAAGCGUUUUCAACAUGAGCCUCCUUCUUCCUCCUUCACUAUCAUUCAUUCAGCGACUGAAGGAAAUUGUACCUGUGGAUUCCGAUAUUGCCAUGAGUACAUUGACUUCCUUCCUAGAUGACUUCUUGGUCAAUGUUUUCCUUCCUCAGCUAGACGAAACCGUGACAGACCUCUGCACUCUUAGCUUUAUCUCGCCGGAUGCUUUCACAGAGGACCCUCACUGGUCUGGAGUCUCUCCCCGGCCGGUCUUCAGGGGUACGGUCAAGUUUAUGUCGAUUAUUCGAGAAUUCAGUAAAAUGCUGUCUAGCAUCCCACAUGAUCAAGCUUUCACACAGCUUCUCCUUUCGCAAAUAGUGACUUACUACGACAAGUGUUGUGGAUGGUACAAAGCGAUCGUGACCAAAACAUCUCCGCGAGACAAUGGAGAAGUCCGACUGAAGGCUGCCGCGCGUCAUGCGGAAUCAGGCGACGUUCAUGACAUUAUCACUGAGUUAUGGAACGGAGUGACCGAGAACAAGCGGGAGCUCGUAGACAAGCCAGCCUCGGAUACGCGACAGGCUGAGUCCCGACCAGCUAAUCGCCGCUGGACUCUAAUUGGUGCCAUGAAACCAAAGUGUGAGGGCAUAAAUCAGCCAGUUUAUCUUCCUUUGAACCAAGAGACAGCGACUGUGUUCGAUACCACUCUUCAAUCUCUCCGCGAUUUUGCAUGCACUGCUCUCUUCGCCCUGCAUGUCGACAUCCGCUGCGGCAUCAUCCACAUGCUGAAGCGGACAAUGGAAGGCCCCAAGCCCCGGAACACACGAAGCUCGGAACCCACUACGCCAUCUCCAAGCUCGCUCGCCAGUUGGUGGCACAUUCUCUCAAACCAGCCAACUGCUGCGUCUCCUACGGUGCUUGAGCUGAACAAUGACUUGAUCGCGUUUGACACCAACAUCUCGUCCUACCUAGGACCAUCUGAGCGAUGGUUCAUCACGUCUGGGCUUGCUCGGUUCAUCGACCGUACUUUCGUCGCGAACACCUGCCAUAUUGGGGCUAUGAACGAGAAUGGCGCGCUCCGACUCCAGUUAGACGUGCUAGUGCUGCAACAAAAUUUGAAGAACAUCAUCAUAGACCCAACAGAUGGUGUACGGAAAGAUGACAGUUCUAGCCCACAACAGAACAGUGAGCAGAUCGAGGUGGUUGCUCUGCCUCGUAGCGCUAAAUUCCUUGAUUGGUUCCUGGAAGGUGCGGAGAAAGCCUUGGACUACGCCAAGGACGAGAAGGAAUCCUUUGCAGCCCACGGAGACCAAGCGCUGGCCGCUGGUAAUGGCGAACCGUUCACGUACGAUGAACUCAAGGUCCUCAUUGACCUUUGCUUUUCAGAUAUCCUCCUCGGCCCCCGAGGCGCGGAGAAUCGGGAGGAGUUCAUGGCAGCAAAGAAAGCCAGUGCUGAUGCGCUAUUGAGAUUAAACGAGGGUUGUGCUGGAGACACAGCCCACAAUGGAGGCCAUGCCUGGACGCUUAUGGCUUUCCGAUCGUGGACCCUACCUGAUUAG